UGGCUAUCACUCUGGGAGUCCUCUAUGCUUCCAACAUGACUAGUCUUCAAGCUGAAGGGGCUCGCUUUGCCCAGAUGAAAGAGAAUCUAACAGGGAAACUGCAUGACCUGCAAGACAGCUAUAAGAGACUACAGAAGGAGGACCCUCAUCAUAACAGUCCAGGAAGAGCUGUUCUCCUCAGGUCUUCGAGACUGUAAGGCCAACCUGACUAGGGUCAAAGAUCUCCUGGCAACCAUCCAAGGCAAUCCGAAGGAAUGUAAUGCUGAUACAAAACCAUGUUCUGCUGGCUGGGAGUUCUACAAUGGAUCAUGCUACUACUUCUCUCAAGGCAAACGGACCUGGGAACAGAGUCAGUAUACCUGCAUCCGUGACGGAGGACACCUGGUCAUCAUAGAGAGUCAGCAGGAGCAGGAGUUUAUAAUAGAAAAAAUUGUGAGAAGCACUGAUUUUGAUAACAGCCCCUGGAUUGGACUGACAGACAAGAAGCAAGAGGGAGUGUGGGUCUGGAUGGACAAUGCAACUCUUGAUGACAGCAUUAAGUUCUGGGACCAGAACACUGGAUCAUUGAAUCCUCCAGAACCAAAUGACUGGAACCCAGGUGAAGACUGUGCCCGAAUGGGUCAAAGCUGUUCCAGUCGAAACAGAUGUUGGUUUGACUUUGCAUGUGACCAACCAUGUAGGAGAAUUUGUGAGAGUCGUGCAGUCUGUGAGAGACCUGCAGCCACUUCAUAGUGCUGCCAAAUGGAAUGUAUUGAAUUAGUAACCAGCACAAGGUACUGCAUUGUUGGGCAGUAUAAAGGGCCAGUUUCCCAGACACAGAUUAAACCUAGUCCUGGACUAAGAAGCAUAUUCAAUAGAGAUUCUCCAUUCAAAGUGUUUCUUAGUCCAGGACUAGCGAUUAAUAUGUGUCCAGGAAACCGACCUGUAAUGUCUCAUUUGGAUUCAUGGAGAGUACUAGCCAUACAAUGAAUAUACCAAGCACUGGAGUUGCACCCCCCAUCCCCCCUUUUGCCCUCAGAACAGCCUCAAUUCAUCAGGGUGUGGACUCUACAAGGUGUCGAAAG